CUCGGCCACCUCGUCUCAUGACGGCGUGUUCUCAAAUGAUGUCGUUUUAUCCAUACUCCUUCCAUCUCUGUUGUUUUAAUGGUGCUUUUCUUUUUCGUAAUACUUAUUUAUGGCAUUUCUGUCGGUUUAUAAUGCGAUUAUGUGUGUAUACAGAAUAGUACGCACGCGUAUGCAACAACACCAAGUUACUAAAAGUUUAAUUAGAGCCAAUUGUAGAGUGUUUACGGUAAGCAUGCAUCGAAUAAACAUGCGCAGUGUCCGAUCUUCAAGAACGUUCAUCUCUUCUCGCUUACGAGCAUUAUUUCGCACGGAACCAAACAUGUAACUGAAUUUUAUAUGAAAUAUUGUCAACAAGCUAACCUUCACUACAGCUUGCUGUAAUGCAAGUCCUGUCUGAUGCAUGCACGCGGGAUACAUAGCCAGAUAGCAGCACACUGGCUAACCCUGGAUGACUUACAGCAUAGCACUUUGUCUCUGGAUCUGUUUCAUUUGUAUUGACUGAAAAGUAGCAAGUAUUGUAAUGCAUCUCUCCAAAAAAUGUUCCGUUUUUAAAGUGGUGCUCAGUGCCCUUCUUAUUGUUGCACUAUUGCAGCUUUUAUAUCUGUCUUUUCUUUCAAAACUACAUGGCAAACAGCAGCGCUACAAGUAUUCAGAGCUCUUCGGCUCCAAAAAGACAUCCCAGCAAGAAGAGAAAAACCCCAGACGAGAACAUUUCAGAUACUCGUUGUCCACCGGUGGUAUCUUUGAUGGGAGCGGACAAUAUCGUGUAUAUAAGAACCUAAUCAAAAGUGACUUCUCGACCAAUCAGAAGCCGGGCGCAGAUCCGAGAUCUCAUCACCUUGCUUUGGCCACCCAUACAACUAUUAAUAACCUUCAUCACCUGGACUCACUGUUGGAGCGAUGGCAGAAUCCUCUGUCAGUGGCUAUAUUCGCCCAUAACCAAGAUGUCAAGUUUGCCACAGCCUUCGUCUAUGCCCUUAGCCACUUUUGCCCUCAGAUUAAGGCUUUGGUGGACUUCCAUCUCGUCUGCCACUCGGGGGAAAUGGCCAGCUUUCCAGAGCAGGACAGAGAGCAUUUCAUUGGGCUUGAGGAGAAAGGUUGUCCUGGUGUAUUCGCCAAACUUGAAUCUCAUCGAGACAAGUAUAAGAACUACGCCAUCGGUGGCAACGUCUCCUAUCCCAACAAUCUUCUCCGCAACGUGGCCCGUAGUGGCACAGAUGCUGCCUACAUCUUAGUGAUAGAUAUAGACAUGAUGCCCAGUGCUAAUUUACACCACCAGUUUGUGACCUUGCUGAUGAAACAAGAACCGGCUGUGGAUGAAGUCCUCGUGCUUCCUGCUUUCGAAAUCAGACACACUCGGAAGAUGCCUGCUUCAAAAUCUGAGCUGCUGCAGCUCUAUCAGGUUGGGGAGGUGCGACCGUUCUAUGAUGAACUUUGCCCUCGCUGUCAGGCUCCAACUAACUACUCCCACUGGGUCAAUAUGCCUAUCAAAAGCUCGGGGCCUUUGGAGGUGGCAUUUACGAUCAACUGGGUGGACCCAUGGGAGCCUUUCUACAUUGGGGCUCGAUCUGUCCCUCUCUACGAUGAGAAUUUCAGGCAAUAUGGCUUCAACCGCAUCAGUCAGGCCUGUGAGCUUCACAUAGCAGGUUACAGAUUCUCUGUGGUGAGCAAUGCCUUUGUGGUGCACAAGGGGUUUAAGGUCCACGGUGAGUUCCACAGUAGGAAAGAUGAGGAAAACCGUAAGAACCGCCUCCUUUUCCGUAGCUUCAAGGAGAAUUUAAAGGCCAAGUACCCCAACUCACCUCGCCGCUGCUAAGAAAAUGACUGCCAGAGACAAAAAGUCAACUACACUGCAAUCAAACCUUAAUCACUAUUCUUCCAGCUUGGAUUUCACAGCUGCAGAAAACUGGAACACAAAGUCGGUACACAUUUCUAGUAUUUCGUAUACAGUCAUAAAACAGCCUAGCACAGCUGGACUGUCACAGGAUCGGUAUAGAUGUAGUAUUUUUAUUAAUUAAGUUUAGAAACAUGGUCUUUUAGGAUUUUGAGAGCAGCCAACAAGGUUAUUUUAUAUCUCGAUCUCUUGAGUCAAAGCUAAUUUAUUUAUAUUUAUUUUUAUGCAAGUUCAUCAUUGCAAUGUUCACUGAAGUUUAGCAUAUUUUUAUUUCUUUUUAUCCAAGAAAUGAAAUGUCUGCUAUUUACAUACACUACAGAAAUUGCAUAAUUAAAGGUGUAGUACUGUAUCUUUGUCAAACUUUCAACCAAGUAAACUUUGUGUAGAGUUUUUAUCUUGUGCAGCUAUCUGAUGUUGUGACUAUGCAUUUGUUUGUUUGCAUCACUCAUCUUUCAUAAAGAUCCACAGCUGUUAAGGUUAAUAGGUCACUUUUAUGCUAAUAAUGGAUCUCAAGAGGCUUAAAAAUACUUAAAAAAGUACCAUAAAAGGAAACAUUAAACAUAGUGUUUUGGUUAUUUCUGACUUUUUGUUUAAAGGUAGAUGAGUAUAAACUAAAAUUAAAUUAAUGCAGGAAUUUAUUUGCGUUGAUAAAGCAAACUCUGUGUCGCAGAUGUUUACUUGAACCGUAAGGAUAAUUUGUAACACAAAAUUAUUUGUUUAGCUUUAUUGAAAAACUAACCCUACUUUUUCCAAGUAUUUUAAGUUUCUGCUAACGUUUAGUAUUUAAAAAUCAAUAAUACUUUAUGAUAAGGUUCAUAUGUUAAAUUAAUUUAGUUAUAUUAGUUAUCCUAAACUAACAGUGAACAAUGUUUCUAAAGAAGGCCGUAAAACACAUUGCUCAUUGUUGGUAUAUGCAUUAAAUAUUUUUUUAAAUAACCUAAUUAUAAGUGUUAUGAAAUUCUUUACCCUGGUGUUGACUGAAUGCAUUUUUCUUAUAGUUUCCAUUAGUAGUAUUAUUUUGCCAAAACGGCAGCUUUUUAAAAAAAAGUUGUUUACUUUUGUGUUGUGUAACAAUGAAGCAUGUUGUGAUGUUUGAACACUGGAGAAAUAAGUCAAGGAACUUUUGUGGUACUACAAAAAAUGAUUGUAAAGUGUUUUAUAUGACUAUAUUAUAUACAAAGUAUAGUCAAUCAAAACUAAAAUGCUUAAUGUAAACCUGAACAAGGAAAGAACACUUUGAGUUAUUUAUUAUUAUUCACAUGUUAGUUCUGAUCUUGUUACAUAAAUCCACAAGGUUUUUGUUCACUUUGUCUUUAAACGGAUAGUUUACCCAAAAAUUUGAAUUCUGUCAUCAUUUACCCACUCUCAUGUUUUUACAAAAAUAUUUUGAAGGAUGUUUGUAAACAUUUCGUGAGCCCCUUUCACUUCCAUAAUAGGAUUAAAGAGUACUAUGGAAGCGAAUGGGGCUCACGAAUGGUUUGAUUAUGAACAUUCCUCAAAAUAUCUUCCUUCGCGUUCAUCAGAACAAAUACAUUUAUACAGGUUUGUAAUAACAUGAGAGUGAAAAAAAGAGGACAAAACUUUCAUUUUUGGGUGAACUAUAAGUUUUAAGUUUGUUUUUUCUGACUACUUUUAGUGCAGGUUUUAAGGUGAAAAAUAUUUUUGUAAGACUGAUUUGCUGUUCUAAGGUCAGUGUUUUUAGCUGGUGAAUUGCAAUGUAAAACUUGUGUGCAAUUAACUGUGAUCUUGCAAAAUAAAACUCUUUUAUCAGUUUUAUAAAUUGAGAAGAUCUGUUCCCUACAUAUGUACAUUUAUAUAUG